AUGGCGGCGUACCGCAUCGUGCGCGAAGCCGGCGGCCUCUGCAUCGCCGACGAGGUCCAGACCGGCUUUGGCCGCACUGGUGACGCCUACUGGGGCUUCCAGCUGCAGGGGGUGACGCCAGACAUCGUCACCAUGGCCAAGGGCAUCGGCAACGGCCUGCCCCUGGCCGCGGUGGUCACCACGCCUGAGAUCGCGGCGGGCCUGACGCGCGCGAUCCACUUCAACACGUUUGGCGGCAACCCUAUGUGCAGCGCUGGCGGCCGCGCAGUGCUGCGAGUGAUCGACCGGGAGCGCAUACAGGACCACUGCAAGGACGUCGGCACGCACCUGCUCGAGCGGCUGGCGGGGCUGCAGGCCAAGCACUCCAUCAUUGGUGACGUGAGGGGGCGCGGCCUCAUGCUGGGCCUCGAGCUGGUGAAGGACCAAAAGACCAAGGAGCCGGCCACCAAGGAGCUGGCGGAGGUGUUUGAGGGCAUGAAGGACCUGGGGGUGCUCAUGGGCAAGGGCGGCCUGUACGGCAACGUCUUCCGAAUCAAGCCGCCGAUGGCGUUCAGCCGCGCAGACGCGGACUUCCUGGCCGACGUGAUGGACCACUGCCUGUCGAAGCUGUAG